AUGUUCCUCUUCGGCCUCGGACGCCUCGUCUACGUCGCCGUCCUAAUAACAAACGCAAUCGCAAUCCUAAGCGAAGACCGCUUCCUCGCCAGAAUCGGAUGGGGUCGCUCACAAGCCGAUCCCUCCUUCGGCUCUUCCCACGAUAGUACCAGCGUCAAGGCUAAGACGGUAGAUCUAAUCGCCAGCGUCCGGACAGUUAUGCGAAGUACGUUGAACCCGCACCUUUCUCUACCCUCCAAGGCCCAUGCCCUUUGA